GAUGCUGUCAAAUAACUGUCAUUUGAGGAGAGCAUUCUUGAACUUGGCAAGUGUUCGAUGACAUCAUCACCAUGAACUCCCAGCGGAUUCCAGACAUGAACUGUUUUGCGGAAGCCCGUCGUACAGUCAAUGUUUUGGUCGUUUGCCCUGCUCAGAAACAUAGCCAAGCAGGUGAUCAAAGUUACUGAGAAUCAUUACGGGAUAACAGAGAGAGAAUGUUCGUCGAUGUCAAAGGAUAUACCAGGUGUUAGAGCAUAAUGUUAAUUAGUUCAUAGGUGUGUCUUUUAAAGAUAAAAAAUGACUUUGCACUUCAAUGCUGAAUGUUUUUAUUUAACUUUGGCCGCUGCCAUCCUUAUUCAAUCCAGGAAAUGAUUUGUCAUACUAUGAGUUUCAAUGACGAUGGGACCAUCCAGACAGAUUGGUUACAUGAUAGCGAUUGUAGAUGAUCAAAGAAUACGUAAUCUUCAGUAAACUCCUUAAAAUUAACAUGUGAUGCGAAAAUUAUGCAUUCGCGAUUGAACAAUAUCAACCAGGCAAUAUAGCGAGGAUGUAGGUUAUUUAUUAUCGUCACAGCGGCUCCUUUUUAAAUAACGUAACCAAAGUUGAUCAUUUCUUUAGCACCAUUUGAUCUUCAUGGUCUUAGAAAACAACAUGGCUGGAACAAAACGGAAAUCCGGUCAUGGAAUUUGGGGGUUAAAAAUUAUCUCAUCAGCCAGUACGUCUCGAAUGUUUCGAUCUUUCCUACUUUUAAUGAGCAUACUUCUUGUAUUGUUAUUUGUUUACUUGAACACGAGUGCCUCUCGUCUUUCAGGGGCGAUAAAUGACAACAUACCAAUGAGAAUACAUAGUUAUCAAAGAAAACUGAUUUCCAAUGACGAUUCCAGACUAGGGGCGUUUGAUCAAGGAAACAGACGGAUGAGACAGGGGAAGAAAAUGGGUCAUGUAGCAUCCGAGCACAGGACUAGCAACCUUUCAGGUUUAAAACACAGACCGUUAGAACCUAAGAUGGAAAAUAUCCACCUCGGGUACACCUAUGAUGAAAAUGGGAGGCUAAGAGAAGCCAUUACAGUUGAUGAAUAUGUGGACGAAAAGAGCCCUAAGGAUGGAUUCGUCGCUAAGAAUGAUCAGUUUGAAGACCGUUCUGAUGGUGGCGUGAAAGGGAAAUCUGAACAACCAAUUUUCAUUGUUAUUCUUGCGAGGAUGAGAACAGGAUCGACCUUGAUAGGAGAAAUAUUUAACCAGAAUCCAUCUCUAUUUUUUAUCUUCGAACCUCUGAUAUCUAUUGAUCCCUUGCUGCGAUCGGGUUAUGUCAACGUCAGCCAACACAAGAACAUAUCAACUCAACUCCUGCUUAAUUACACCCGGUGUGAAUUUCAGGAGAACCUCACACAAUCAUGGCUGAAGUGGAAUGGUGGAUCGGUCCGGAGUAACAAGAUCGUUCCCCUCUGCAAAAGGCCAUCGAGACCCCAAAGUAGCUACCGCAAUUGCACUCUCGUCACAGUGGAUGACAUGCGCAAUAUCUGCAGCCAGAGUCACCAACGCUUCUGUAUAAAGACGAUCCGUGCUGACCUCGACUACUUCAAACCACUUAUUGAUGCAGGGGUAAAUGUGAAGAUCAUCCACCUAGUUAGGGAUCCAAGAGGCACUGCUAAUUCGAGGAGACUUUAUUACAAUUUUAGUAAGCCGCAUCUACCAAGAACAACUACAACUGGCCAUCUAAGAUUUAAAGGUAAACUCGAUUCUCUAGGACUGUUGGGCGACUACCCAGACCACGUGGUGCAUACCAUUCCCCGCCUUUGUCAGUGGACCAGAGAUUCCAUCCACCAAGUCCAAAACGAGAAGCCGUCUUGGCUUCGCAACCGAUAUAAGUUAGUCCGCUACGAGGACUUUGCUCUUGACCCGCUUCGUGCCGCACACCAGAUCUAUGACUUCGUUGGUCUCGAGUUUCCACCCGCUGUCAUUGAGUGGAUCGUGACCAAUACACGAUCCAAUGAUCAACGGAGUGUCAAGCUCUUCAGCACGCACAAGAAUUCCAUCGAGACGGCGUACCGUUGGAGACAGUCUCUUCGUCCGUUGCUGGUUCGGCAGGUCGAACAGAUAUGCCAUACAACCAUGAAGCUCUUAGGGUACAAGGAGGCAAAAAGCGUAUGGGAUAUUGCCAAUAUGGAUGUUAAUUUGUUGGAUCCCUUGCCGAUUCCAGACACAUUUUAAGAACCAUCGGAGAACCGUUAAGCAGCUGACUUCUCUAUGGCAGUCAUUUGGUUCAUAAUAUUAUGGUAAUUGAUGUCAACAAGAAGUACAUCAACGCAGCCAAUAUGGACACCUGCCAUCGACUACACGCCGUCAAAGGGUUACCCUGUAU